AUGGAUGAAGCUGAUAAAAGAUUUAAUCUAAAAAAAGAAAAAUCUAUUUUUCAUAUGCGCAUAGAUAUUGACGACGAAGAGGAAGAAGAAGAAGAAGAAGAAGAAGAUGUGCCUGAAGAAGGUUUUGUCGCACAAACAAAUAUUCAUGAUACAACAGCAGUUGUUAUUUAUCAAGCUGAACGAUCAAAAUUUUCUAUAGUUGACAAUGAAAUGGAUUCAAUUGAACAAUAUGUACACGAACGUUAUGGUCGAAAUAUUGAAAUACUAGCUGAUGAUGAAGAACAAAUUUCAUAUGAAAUAACUCAACAAAGUUUAUUACCUGAUGUUAAAUCAUCUAUUCUUUGA